AUGUCAGAUUGGACGGAUCCAAGAUGUAAAGAUCCAUUUAAUUACACAGCACUCCCAAGAGAUCAACCUCCACUCAUGACUUGUAACGGAUGUUGCGUUAAAAUGGUCCGAAACGCAAAAUCUCCUUACGAAAGCGUUCGAAGGACGUGCACGACUCAACUUCAAAUAAAUCUAUUCAUGGUGGAUCACGUUUGCAUGAUGGAAAGUAGUAAUACAGGCCACAUGUGUUUCUGCGAGGAGGAUAUGUGUAAUUCAUCUCCUUCGAUCCAUUUAUCCCUACCAUCACAAUUGACUUCUUCCUUAUACUUAUCAUCAUCACAUCCUCGGGAUUUAUCAUAUCCGCCGUUAUUUAAUUCCAUUGCUUUUAAAUGCUUUUAA